CUGCUUUGAUGGGGCAAAGAUCAGGUAAAAAAGGAGAGAAAAUAUUUGUGUCCCUUCUGUCUCUCUCCUUCGCGACUGCGCAUCGAUGAUCAGCUGAUUAGCAAAACAGCAAUCAGCUGAUUGCGUACUCAGCGGUUUUAGCUCUUCUUAUCAUGAUUAGAAAUUUACAUAAUUUUUUACCAGCGCAAAUAAUAACGCGAUAUAAUAAAAAAGAUUUACUUGUGACAUAUUCUAGAGAUGGAGAUUUAUCGAAGAAAUCGUUAAAAUUUCGGUAAAAACAUAAAGUGCGAACCUUCUUUACACAUAAAAUCAAUGUGUGGGCUUUAUAUUUAUUAUAUUCUUUGUUUCAGCACACACUUUUUAAAUACAAUCGCGUUCACAGUUUUUAUAAUAUUUAUACGAUGACUUUGCAAACUUGUGUGUGUGUGUGUGUGUAGUACCUGUUGUAUUUCUGACUUUUAUAACUAACAAAAAGAAGAAGUCCUAUAUAUAGAAAAAGAUAGUUUUAUUAAAAAUCAUAACUAAAAAUCAAUACUAGCUCUACCACUCAAAUACAUACAACAAAUAGAAAACUGAAAACGCAGGAAAAGUACUUAUGAGGAUGAUUUUAAUAAGAAUAUUUCAGAUUUUCAAGAGCAUAGAGGAUAUAAAUAGAAAUAAUAAAUUUGUGAUAUUCAAAUAACUGCUCACAUUUGUAUGCUUGCAAAAAAAAAGAGAACACAUUUGAUCAAUUGCUAACAAUGUUGCGAACAGGAUUGUUGCGCCAUAUAAGUCCAAAUAAUUAUUUUGCAACUCGUAAAUUAUUUUCCAAAAGCUUCACAUAUGUUGGUACAGGAGUGGCACUGUUGAGCAUUAGUUAUACCUUUCUACCUCAAAAGAGAAAAAAAGUUGUAAAGAGUGUUGCAGGAAGUUGUAUCAGAUUUACAAGAUCACUGAAAAUUGGUGUGAUAAUAUCUAUGGAUUACUUGAUUGCUCCCUUAAUAGGCUAUACAGAAACGGAAAUUCAUCGAAGAUGCGCCGAUCGGAUCGUUCAGGGAUGUUUGCAAAACGGUGGAAUUUAUGUAAAACUUGGACAAGGCUUAGCGGCAAUCAAUCAUAUUUUACCAAAAGAAUAUAUUGAAAGUUUGUCAGUAUUACAGGACAAAUGUUUAACCCGAGAAAAAGGUGAAAUGGAAGAAAUAUUUUUACAAGAUUUUGGCAAAAAACCUGAGGAAAUGUUGCGCGAAAUUGAAUCCACGCCAGUUGCAGCUGCUAGUUUAGCUCAGGUAUACAAAGGUGUAUCUCUAAAUGGAGAUAAAGUGGCUAUCAAAGUACAAUAUAUUGAUCUUCAAGACCGAUUCACAUCUGAUUUGAAGGCAAUGGUUUAUUUAUUAAAAGCUAUUACCAUUAUACAUCCCAAAUUCGAUUUGCAUUGGGUGCUUGAUGAGGUCAUUGAUAGAUUGCACAUGGAGUUGGAUUUCGAGAAUGAAGGAAAAAAUGGAGAGCAAUGUGCUAAAGAUUUGAAAAAAUUUGAAUAUGCAUAUGUACCAAAAGUUUAUUGGAAUCUUAGUAGUAAGAGAAUUCUUACAACUGAAUGGAUUGAUGGUGUUAAAAUCACUGAUGUGGAAGGAAUUAAGGCUCAAGGAUUAAACAUUUCGGAUGUCGAUAAAAAACUGGUUACUUUAAUGGCAGAACAAAUAUUCCACACAGGAUUUGUACAUGCUGAUCCACAUCCAGGAAAUGUUCUGGUAAGGAAGGGGAAGGACGGAAAAGCGCAAAUAGUGCUACUAGACCACGGCUUGUAUGAACGCAUGUCAGAGAAGACGAGACAUAUCUUGUGCAACUUAUGGGAAUCGUUGGUUUUGAGAAAUGAAAGUUCCUUGAAAACUCUUGCCAAUGAUUUGAAAGUGAAAGAUUAUAUACUGUUAGUGGAAAUGUUAACUCAAGCACCGUACAACAUUUCUUUCUCAUCGUUACCAGACAACAUGACACUGGACGAGUACAUGAAAAAACGGGUACAAGAGCGAUUCGAUAAAGUAACAGCUACAUUGCAAGCGAUGCCUAAGAGUAUGAUGCUAGUAAUCAGAAACUUGAACACAGUACGCGCUAUUGUCAAGGAUCACGGGGACAUUAUCAAUCGAUAUAGGAUAAUGGCAAGAAUCGCGGCACGUGGGAAAUAUCAAUAUCAAACUACAAAACAGUCCUUUCCGAAAAAUGUCGCGGGCAUCUGCAAUGUCAUAAAAUUCGAAACUUAUAUUUUCUGCAACAAUUUUCUACAAUGGAUAACUAAACUUUAUCUAACUAUUUUGAAAUUACUUGGUUACAAUGUUGCACCAAUUUUGCAUAUGUUGUAACAAUUUAAUUAAAAGAUUUAUAUAUUGUAAUAUAGGAUUUAAUGCAUUGAUAAUUAGGCCAUCAGAUUGUAAAAUAUGCACUGUAAUAAUGUUAUUAAGAUUAAGACUAUUUCUUAUUGUAACCAUAUUGAAUUUUAAAAUAAGAAGCAAAUAAGCUAUGUCUUCUUUGUAUUUUUCUUAUGUAUCAAUAUUAAAUUAAUAUAAUACAAGUUAA